CAGCUCGGGCAGGUGUGUGAGCUCCUUCAGUGUGACCGUGUGAGCGGGACGCGAAGGCGCGACACACACUCGAGCGCGGCAGAAGCUGCAGGUGCACAACGGACAGUGGAGACAGAAAUGAACUGGGGAAGGAACAAGGAAGCGUGAGAAAAGGUUGUGCACCUUCCUCCGGCUGGUGAAUUGCAGGCGAGCGGAGCCGCCGCCUGGAGGCGGGAUGGCACCGAGGAGAGGACGCCUGACGCGCAGAGCUCCCCGCUCCCCGUAGCGCACACUUAAUUGCUACCUGAAGACAAUUAAGGCGGCAGGUUGGGAAGAGACGCGAGUGUUUGGGGUUGUGAACUCGGGAGAAGCCCCUCGGUCCGCCGGAGGAGCCCGGCGCAUGUGGCGCCAUGGAGGCGAGGUCGAGACUCCGAGCGGUGCUGGUGCUCCUGUGGAUCUUCCGAGAACAGCACCGAGUCAAGUCAGGAGUGUGCACGUGUGUGACCUUUCACACAGGGCUCUCAUUGGACCAGGGUUUAAUCCACUUUGCUUUAAAUCCUGUGACAGCCACAAGGUGGAGAUCCCCAGAAAGGAGAUCGAGGUGGUGAAAGGGGAGAUGGUGGUGUUACACGCCUGGUACAGCCCCAAAUCCGACAUUUCCAGGAACUCUGUCAUUUGGAAUUUCAUUGGGAAUAAGUCGGGGCAGGUGAUAAACUUCAGCUCAGGUGAGGUCGGGCUCGGCCAGAGCGAGUUCACCACGAGGGUGGGCUUCAGUGUGGCCAUGCCCUCGGCGAACCUCUCCAUCUACAUCAACAACACCCAGGAGUCGGACUCUGGACGCUAUGUCUGCAGUGUCCUCAUCCCCAGACAUAAUGGCCUUUACGGAGAGAUACACCUUAAUGUCAAAGUCCCUCCCUCUCCCCCAGUGUGCACCAUGACAGGAAACCCCGUGGUGAAGGGCAACGUGACUCUGAGCUGUAAGUCCAGUCACGGAAAACCCGUCCCACAGUACAAAUGGACCAAGGCUGCACCCAUGUCCGAGGUAUUCUUCUCGCCGAUGCAGAAUGAGCGACACGGCACCCUCCGGCUGAGCAACCUCACCAAAAACAUGUCGGGGAAGUACGUCUGCCGGGCCAGCAACACCGCCGGCUCCGACAGCUGCUCCAUUAACCUGGAAGUUAUCACCUCUUCCAACGCAGGCAUGAUUGCGGCAGCCACACUGGGCUCAGUCGUGGGACUCAUGGCCAUGGUGCUGUUCCUCAUAUUCAUACUGAGGAGGAAUCGGGACACUGAGGAGGAGAUGGCCAAUGAGAUCAAAGAGGACGCUCAGGCGCCAAAGCGAGUGUCAUGGGCAAAGAGUAACACCGGCUCCGACAUCGUGUCCAAGAACGGAACGCUGUCCUCCAUAACCACCAGUCCUCGACCGCGAGACCCACAUCAACCCAACUUCCACUACCCAUACUCGCCCAUCCCCACUUCAGACGCAGGCUCGGUGAUCAACGCCUACCACUUGCGACCCGGAGAAGCCAACACCUUGCAGGGACUUCCUGGUUACAACAUGGGAGGUACUCCUUCACGAAAACACAAGCGGCCUCAGAGCACCAACGGGGGCCCCGCGCAGGUCCCCAGGAGCCCUGUGGUCACCCUCCCCAACAGGACUGAGGGGGCUCAGCCUCAGGUGCCGCCGCCGCCGCCACCGCCGGUCACCUUGUCCCCACAAAUGAGCUCCUCCACUCUGACGCGCAUGGGGGCCGUCGCCGUCAUGGUGCCGGCUCAAAGCCAAGCCGGCUCGCUGGUGUAGCCGGCAGGCGCCGCUCUGACGGGAAAUAAAGGGACGGCGGUCACCGACGGGGGGGAACGUGCGCAAUGGCACUUUCUCAAUGACGACCUGAGCGGUUGUGAGAGAAGAUGGUUUGUGCUUCACUUGCACAUUUAAAGUGAGUGCAGCAUUUAUGAUUUCAGUUUCUUUUCUCAUGCUACAUUCUGUCUCACUGAAGAUGAAUCGAUUUUUUAUUUACACCCUCAAAAAGAGGUGAGGUAUUCCAGUAGCAUUAAAAUACCAGUUACUUAAGAGAAGUUUAUGUAUCAGUUGAAAUCUGUCUGGAUAUUGUAAACCAUAAUGAACGGUUGAGUAUUCCAUGAGUUUUCUUGCAAAAUAUGUUUUGGGUACAUUUGUUUUAUGUAUUAAUAAACUAAAUAUAAACUUUAUUUUUUUUUAAUAACAUUAUCCAAGAACAUCUAUUUCACUGUACCUGGCUCGGUAAGGAUCACGUUUAGUUCACUUCACUCAGGCUAACUGCACCGGUUCAGGGCAAAACCCCAGCAAAAAUCACAAUUCAGGUAUUUUCAAAUUAAUCUUUUCGAGUCUCUCGCUUUCUUUGACCCACAUUCACUUGAGUGAAAUUUUUUUUAAACCCACUGUAACAAUGUCGUUAUGGUUUCAUGAUUUAUACAACAUUCUGUAUGAGUUUAUUGCCUAUCGUGGUAGAGGGGAUGUAACCGACCAAAAUAGUGAAUAUGACAUUGUUGAAGUUGAUCCAUUCUGUUUUGUUCAGCGGUGUUUGGUUUUAACUUGAUAUAAUUACUGUAAACAUACGAGAGCAUUAGUUGACAGUUUCUGACUGCUCCUCCUACUGAUGCCGGUCUGUUUUCUUGUAAUUAUACUGAACUCUGGAUAUAAUGUGGCAGUGUUUUAAUGGUGUUUUAAUACAGUUCUGAUGUUGGACUUUUUCAAUAAAGUGCUCUGGCGUGUUUC